AUGCAGCUCCCCCUCAGCCUCCUCGCCGUCGUCCUCCUCGGCGCGACGUCGACGGCGCAGAAGACGGGCCCGAACGGCAAGCGCAUCUGCGUCGGCGGCGCCAUCUCGUGCCAGUACGAAAAGGGCCGCUGCGCCAACGUCUGCGGCGACUCCUUCGUCAACGGGCAGGGCACGCCGGCCUUCAUCGACCCCAACUGCUCGUGCCCCGAGGGCCAGGCGGAUAACAAGUACACGGGCGCGGCGUGUAUCGAUGUGGAAGAAGGCCGCCCAAAGCUGCCCAUGAAAGCUGAAAAGAUCAAUGGGAACAUGGGAGAGAUGAGCUUUGGGCUAUCAGGAGGCCUCUCCGCGAGGGAAGGCUGGGAUAUGGUCCAGAAUGGCGAAGAGUAA